AAGAAAGCUAGUUCUAUGUCAGCAGUUCAGCUUUAGGUUCUUUACAUUCAACAACUUAUCCUUUAUACCAAAAUCAACGAGGAACGACCAGGAACAAGCAAUUAUUCUCGAUGUGCAGGUUUUUGAAAUUAAGCCGUUGUUACGGUAACUGCAAAAUAUGCUUUCUGACGAUGCCAACGUUAUAAAGCGGGAGUUAGCAUUGCAGUCUACUCUCUUACCAGUGGUCCUCGACUUCCAUCUAGAUCGAGUGCAUUCAGCAAUCGUAGCAGAAGUGAUCGGAAGGCCUGAUGAAAUCCUAUCAAAGGAAUUUUACUAGCGCUCUGCAACGCCUCUGCUUCUGCUUAUGCAUGCUUCUUGGUGAGCUUUCCUGCAGACUCAAACCGUCCUGACAAGAACUGAGUUUCUUUUAUCUGGGAAUUUCAUGGCAGAAAGGAGCUAAGCAUAGAGACUGUGGUUUACAACAGGCUCUACCGAGUUUGUUGUUCGUUAGUAGGUCGAAGAUGGGAGAUGGAAACAUGCAAAUGUGCAUUUUUCCGUGAUAAGGAAACAUGCUGCUCUUCAGCCUAACUUGAAGGUCGAGAUGCUCAACUUGCUAUGGCUUCCACCAUGACUUGCUCUGGUAUUCUGCGAGAAUUGAAUGCAGUGCUUUCAAGAAGGCCCCGGCUUUCAAGUUGCACUGCGCUUUGGAGUCCAGACCAUCGCUGCUCCUCAAAGAGAGGAUGUGGACUGGGUCUAAACUUCAAGCAGUGCUUUGAGGCUUACGUUGCUUUUGAGAUGGAAGGUAUGGUGCAAGAGUUUCAAGCCAUCAAGGACGAGAUGGGACAGUUGAUCCAGUGUGUGGAAGCAGCACUAGAGAGCAAUAUUCACGGAACGAUUGGUCAGAACUCCUUAAGUGAAAUUUCGAGGAGAUUCGACACAUACCUUGCUGAGAGUCGCCAGCGGGUCAAGUUCCUCACUAAACGGAAGCAAAUCAUAUGUAGCCCUGUGACAAAAGCCUUGGAGGACUUCGAGGGGCAACAUUAUAACAUCAGGACCGGUCAUUUUAAGACCAUCUCGCCCAGCGAUGUGACUCAUCUCGUCAUCCUCAACAGGGUCUUGAGUCUCAAGUUAGACUUCGAGGUUCUCGUCGAUCUUCAGGCAGAGUGCUUCAGAGAUCCUCUCAGAAGUCUCUGGAACAACCUGCUCAAAAGGAAGUUGCUGGGUUUGAAAAUGUUCCCUUCAAAGGAUAUGCUUUUCGACAUAGACUUUAGGGGUAAGUUAUCGGCAUCUCAUCAGACUUCCUCUCACUUCGACAAUGUACGAGCUACAACCCCAACUACGCCAACUUCGCCAACUGCGCUGUCAAGUCGCACUUAUCGAAGAGAUUCCGGGUUCACAGAUGCAUGGCAAGCCAAAAUCAGGAGACGCUGCUCGGUAUUUGGAUAGUCCCAAGAGCCAAUUGACUGCUCCACGAACAUAAAGCUUGCUUCCACUUACUGUGAAGUUUCCUGGUUAGGCAUGGCCUCAACACCUGGAAAGUUACAGGCUUAGCCUCGAACUUGUUCGUUUCCUUUUGGUAUGCGGGAAAGAGGAUGUUAAGAUCCAGGUUCUAGCACAUAGUACACUGAAAAAGGAUGCGCUUCGACAGAUUUCUGCCCAAGAAAACCCCACUACCUCUGAAUGAUCUGGAAACAGAUGUGGCCCUGAGCAAGUUCCAUGUUUGUCAUCUAACAACAUGGAACUGUACUUCUACGUAAUGGCAAGGUGGUGAAGAAGAUUGUGUUCCUAUGUACCUUGCACUGUGCAACUAUUGUGACGAAAUCUCGCAAUGAAGCUGGAUUGUUCUGACUUUGAAGAAGGUUUUAUUUCUGUAAUUGGUUACAUUGUGAGUUUUCUGUCAGUUAUUUCUUAA